AUGGCGGCGUCCGUGUGUCGCGUCGGGAGCACCGUGGGGCGAUCCUUGUCCAAAGCCCGCAGUCCCAUCCUUCUGUCUCUGCGGCGGGGGCAGGCGUCUGUAAGUUAUGCCCAGAGUCUGCUGGGGGCUCCUGAGACCAGACUGACCACGCUGGACAACGGUCUUCGGAUCGCAUCAGAGGACACGGGACAUGCCACCUGCACUGUCGGGCUGUGGAUCGGCGCCGGCAGUCGCUACGAAAGUGAACGGAACAACGGAGCGGGAUUCUUCCUCGAGCACAUGGCUUUCAAAGGAACCAAGAAGCACUCUCAGUCUGCGCUGGAGCAGAAGGUGGAGUCCAUGGGAGCUCACCUCAGCGCCUACACCUCCAGAGAGCACACGGCGUACUACAUGAAGACUCUGUCCAAAGACCUGCCUGUCGCGGUGGAGUUACUGGCUGACAUCGUGCAGAGCUGCUCCCUGAACGAGGCCGACAUCGAGCAGCAGAGGGCCACGGUGCUGCACGAGCUGGAGGAGGUGGAAGGAAACCUGCAGGAGGUGUGUCUGGACCUGCUCCACGCCACCGCCUUCCAGGGCACCCCCCUGGGACACAGCGUUCUGGGACCCACCAGCAACGCCAAGAGCCUGACUCGCCAGGACCUGGUGGACUACAUCAACAGUCAUUACAAAGCUCCUCGCAUGGUGCUGUCUGCGGCCGGAGGAGUGAACCACGAGGAGCUGGUGGGACUCGCCAACGCUCACUUAAGUGGAGUGUCGUUUGAAUACGAAGGUGACGCGGCCCCCGUCCUGUCGCCCUGCAGGUUCACAGGCAGCGAGAUUCUCAUGCGCGACGACGCUCUUCCUUUGGCUCAUAUUGCGAUCGCGGUGGAAGGAGCCAGUGCCACCAGCCCGGACAUCGUGCCGCUGAUGGUGGCCAACGCCAUCAUCGGCAGCUAUGACAUCACUUACGGCGGCGGAAAGAACCUGACCAGCCGCCUCGCUCGCCUCUCUGUGGAGGAGAAACUGUGCCACAGCUUCCAGGCCUUCCACUCGUCCUACAGCGACACCGGCCUCCUCGGAAUCUACUUUGUCACCGACAAACACUGCAUCGAAGACAUGAUGCACUGGGCUCAGAACGCCUGGAUGAACCUGUGCACCACGGUGACGGACAGCGACGUGGCUCGGGGGAAGAUCGCGCUGAAGGCCAGUCUGGUCGGACAACUCAACGGAACGACCCCCGUCUGUGACGACGUCGGCCGACACAUCCUCAACUACGGCCGCAGGAUCCCUCUGUCCGAGUGGGACGCCCGCAUCGACGCUGUGACCCCGAGGCAGAUCCGAGACGUCUGUACCAAAUAUCUCUACGACAAGUGUCCGGCGGUGGCAGGUGUCGGUCCAGUGGAGCAGGUGCCAGACUACAACAGAAUCCGCAGUGCUAUGUACUGGCUUAGGAGAAAGACCACCUCCUCUACACCACAGGAGAAAGACCACCUCCUCUGCACCACAGGAGAAAGACCACCUCCUCUGCACCACAGGAGAAAGACCACCUCCUCUACACCACAGGAGAAAGACCACCUCCUCUACACCACAGAAAGACCACCUCCUCUACACCACAGAAAGACCACCUCCUCUACACCACAGGAGAAAGACCACCUCCUCUGCACCACAGGAGAAAGACCACCUCCUCUGCACCACAGGAGAAAGACCACCUCCUCUGCACCACAGGAGAAAGACCACCUCCUCUACACCACAGGAGAAAGACCUCCUCCUCUGCACCACAGGAGAAAGACCACCUCCUCUGCACCACAGGAGAAAGACCACCUCCUCUACACCACAGGAGAAAGACCACCUCCUCUACACCACAGGAGAAAGACCACCUCCUCUACACCACAGGAGAAAGACCACCUCCUCUACACCACAGGAGAAAGACCACCUCCUCUGCACCACAGGAGAAAGACCACCUCCUCUGCACCACAGGAGAAAGACCACCUCCUCUACACCACAGGAGAAAGACCACCUCCUCUACACCACAGGAGAAAGACCACCUCCUCUACACCACAGGAGAAAGACCACCUCCUCUACACCACAGGAGAAAGACCACCUCCUCUGCACCACAGGAGAAAGACCUCCUCUGCACCACAGGAGAAAGACCACCUCCUCUGCACCACAGGAGAAAGACCUCCUCCUCUACACCACAGGAGAAAGACCUCCUCCUCUACACCACAGGAGAAAGACCACCUCCUCUGCACCACAGGAGAAAGACCUCCUCUGCACCACAGGAGAAAGACCACCUCCUCUGCACCACAGGAGAAAGACCACCUCCUCUACACCACAGGAGAAAGACCACCUCCUCUACACCACAGGAGAAAGACCUCCUCCUCUGCACCACAGGAGAAAGACCUCCUCCUCUACACCACAGGAGAAAGACCUCCUCCUCUACACCACAGGAGAAAGACCUCCUCCUCUACACCACAGGAGAAAGACCACCUCCUCUGCACCACAGGAGAAAGACCUGUUUGA